AAAUAAUUAAUGUUUUUCACAUAAUUAAAUAAAAGAUUACAGAUUUUUAAGUCGUACUUUUCGAUUAGGAUACAAAAUUUCGAAUAUAUUAGAGGGAAUAUAUUUAGAUCUGAACUUAUUAUCUUCGGAACUUGGAUUUAAACGCUUGUUAUAUAGUACAAUGGAAGAGACAACAUUACCCAGCACUUCACCGUUCUCGGGCACUUCAUCUGUGUCUCCUUGCUUGUCGAACGAAGCUUCUACAAAAAUGGAGGAUUGUGUGGAAGAUACAGUGCAAGAAUGGCUGGAGAACGAGGCGUUUCCGGGAUUUCGUGUCUGGCAGCUGGCCGGGAUUAUUCUCUCCAUUUUGCUAAGCAUCAUUGUAGGAUUGUGUUGUUGCAUUCGCUUUCGCGUGCCCAGAACGAAGCAGGAGAUCGAAGCAGAUUACAUUCGCAAGAGAAUCACCAAGAGUUUCCGGAAUGAGCUUUCAAAGAUCAGCAACACAGAAAUGGACGAAAUGGAUCUGCAAAAAGCUUUGGACAGGAUCCGAAACGAGUUCGAGGGGGAUGAGUCUGCGAUAGCGAAGGAAUGUGCGGAAAUGGCACAGCGGAACAUUCAGCAUGGCUUUCGAUCCAGAUUCAACGCCGUGUUUGGUGGAGCGCGUGUGCGUUUCAGUCAACGCGAGCACAUCGAAUUGAAUGCCACGAUCUAACGACGAUUUUUUUAAAAUAAAAAAAUAUUUCCCCUUCUUCCCAAUAGGUAUAUUUCUAUAAUUUUUGUUUGUCAUACAUACAAUUUUAAGGAUACUGAGAGAAAAGGAAUAAAAAAAAAAAUAAGAAAUAUAAAGAAAGCAAAAUAAUAUACAUAAAACUUUUUUUUAGUAUCUCUUAAAAAGAAAAAGAUUGGAUGGUUCAAAAUUUGAAAUAAUGAUUGAAAACUUUGAAAAACGAGAAGACAAACAGAAUUAUAAUGUCAAUUUACGUUAAAGACAAUGACGGCUAAGAAAUUUAUAUGAUACUUUCAUUUUGACUAAAUAUAAUCUUUAUUUCAUAGAUAUAUUUUACACAAAUUUAUUUACUUUAGCAUGCAACAGUAAUCUAUUUAGCAACGAAUAAUAAUGCUUUAGAAAGCACUCCACGGAGUAUUAUAGUAAUAUUCUUUUUCUAUCGUGUUGACAUUUUGCUACCAAUUAAAUCUUUUAUAUCGAUUUGUUAUUUGUACUCUCUCUUUAACCGCGCUUAUCAUACACUGCGCGCGAUUGAUCUUAUUUUUUUAUAUUUAAUAGAACUCGUGGAAAUAUAGAAUUAAUGAUUAAUGACAAUCGGUGCCGUUACGACUGUCUUAGACGUCCCAUUACAAUAUAAUUUGCUCGUGCACCCCAGCGCGAAGCUGCAAAUGCAAAUAAAAAUAAAAAAAUAGUUUAAAACAUUCCUGUUUUUUUAUUUUUUUUUUGCUUUUUUAUAUUUUUUUAUAUUUUUAUAUAUAUUUUUUAUUUAUUUUAAUAUUAUCGAGGGUUAAUAUAUUUUAUACCUUUUUUCUUAAUAAUACGUUUUGUAAAAAGAUAAGAUAAAAACAAUGUAAAAAUGAUGUUUUCUAGUCUUCUUGUUAGUCUUUUAAUAUUUCUUUAAUAUCCUUAUAAUUGAGGUUGUUAAAAUCUCUUUUUAUUAUUAAAACUAAAUCCUAUAUUCGAUUAACCGGAUAUAAAUGUAAUCAUCGCAGACCGAGCGGUCAAUCUUUAUAUGUUUUUGAACAUUUCAAAAAUUAUUGGCCCUACUGACAUUAAAAUUUUGCGCCCUACGCUGGAAUGUACGUUACGUAUUGCCUAGUAACGGCUCCGAUGAUAACGAUAUGAAAUAGAGAAUGAAAAUUAUCAGUAUAAAAUUAACAUUAUAAAAAAAGACAAUGAGGAAAAAUAAAACAAAAAAUAAUAAAGAAGAUUAUGAUAUAUAAUGAAAAUUAUCAUAUAUAAUGAAAUUAUGACAUUAGUGUGAAAUUAAUCUUCAUAUUUCUGAUCCCUCAUUGACGUUAUAUUGAAUUAUAAUGUUAAAGGCGAGAAAUAUGAUUUUUUAAAUUUUAACAUGAUAAUUCAAGUCGAUAGUGCAAGGUAAUUCGAGAAUUUAUUCAAACGAUAUUAUAAUGAUAUUUUAUAUAAAUUUAUAUAUUUAUUUAUUAAGAUAAAUUAAGAUAAAAAUGAAAAAGAAAGACUUUCCUUAUUGAAAUCGUGAUAAGUUCUUAUAAGAUUAAAGACAGGAGAAGAAAAUUCGACAAAAUAAAAGACAAUGGCAUGCGUUUAUGAAAAUGAUUUAUUAAAAUCGGAAAAAAAAACAUACAUAAGAGACCGAAUGAAACAACUUUGACAAUUUCAUUGCAGCAGCUGCAAUAUAUUUCACUGUGUGUACAAUUUCGUAUGAAAAAAAAAGAAA